ACUAUUUUUAUUUAAAAGAUAUGACUACAAAUUCGUACACGGCUCUGGUAUAUUAUUCAAAGUAAAAAUGUGUCAUCGUUAGAAAAGAAACAUUAAGAUAUUUUUAGUUUUUUUUUUAAAUUCAGGCUAAAAACUUAUAGAUCUAGAUCUAGCUCUAGAUCUUGAUCUAAAAUGCUUUAGAGUCUAGAAUCUAGAUGUAGAUCUAGAUCUAGAUCUAGAAUCUACUAGACGAUCUAACUACUUGUCUCUUAUCACAUUAUUAGUCCACAUUUUUUUGAAAGGCUUCUGUGUUGUUUGUUUCUAGCUUUCUACUUUCUACUCUUAACUACUACUUAACUACUAAACUAAGAAUAGAUCUAGAUGAUUAACUACUAAUAACUAGUAUUAACUAGGCCUACUUAAGAAGUGAUGAACCCUUGCCACAAAUAAGUUGAAAUAACAGAGGGUCGGAUCUCAACCUUGUAUACCACAACCCUGCACAUCUCGACCCUGCAUACCUCAACCCUGCAUACCUCAACCCUGCAUACCUCAGUCCUGCAUACCUCAACCGUGUAUACCUCAACCCUGCAUUCCUCAGCCCUGCAUACCUCAGCCCUGCACACCUCAGCCCUGCACACCUGGAGCAUAUUUUCCGCAUUCAUGUAGAUCUCAACCCUGCAUACCUCAACCAAGCCCACCUCAUUAUUUUCCACAACUAUACAGACCUCAACCAUGCAGAUCUCAACCUUGUGUACCUCUAUCUGGCUCCCGUCCUCAGUCUCACUCAAGUUCUCCUUCACCACUGACCACAUUAACAACCCUCAAGCUAGCCAAAUUAACAACCCUCAAUCUAGCAGAAUUCACAACUCUCAAGCAAGCCGAUCUCAUAGCCCUCAAACUGGCCACAAUUACGACCCUGAAACUGGCCAAACAUACAACCCUCUAACUGGCCAAACUUACAAAACUCAAGGAAGCCAAAAUUUCAACCCUCAAACUGGCCAAACUUUCAACCCUCAAACUGGACAAAUUUAUGACCCACAAACUGGCCAAAUUUAUGACCAUCAAACGGGCCAAAUUUACAACCCUCAAGCUAAGCGAACUUACAACCUUAAAGCUAGUCGAACUCAUAGCCCUCAAAGUGGCCAAAUUUAUUACCCUCAAACUGGCCACAAUUACGACCCUGAAACUGGCCAAACAUACAACCCUCUAACUGGCCAAACUUACAAAACUCAAGGAAGCCAAAACUUCAACCCUCAAACUGGCCAAACUUUCAACCCUCAAACUGGACAAAUUUAUGACCCACAAACUGGCCAAACAAACUACCCUCAAACUGGACUAAUUUAUGACCCCCAAACUGGCCAUACUUACAACCCUCAAACUGGCCAUACUUACAACCCUCAAGCUAGCCAAAUUAACAACCUUCAACCUAGCCGAACCUACAACUCUCAAGCUAGCAGAAUUAACAACCGUCAAGCUAGCCAAAUGAACAACCCUCAGGUUAGCCAUACUUACAACCCUCAAGGUAGCCAAAUUUAUGACUUUGAAAUGGGCCAAAUUUAUGACCAUCAAACUGGCCAAACUUUCAACCCUCAAACUGGACAAAUUUAUGACCCACAAACUGGCCAAACAAACUACCCUCAAACUGGACUAAUUUAUGACCCCCAAACUGGCCAUACUUACAACCCUCAAACUGGUCAUACUUACAACCCUCAAGCUAGCCAAAUUAACAACCUUCAACCUAGCCGAACCUACAACUCUCAAGCUAGCAGAAUUAACAACCGUCAAGCUAGCCAAAUGAACAACCCUCAGGUUAGCCAUACUUACAACCCUCAAGGUAGCCAAAUUUAUGACUUUGAAAUGGGCCAAAUUUAUGACCAUCAAACUGGCCAAACUUUUAACCCUCAAACUGGACAAAUUUAUGACCCACAAACUGGCCAAACAAACUACCCUCAAACUGGACUAAUUUAUGACCCCCAAACUGGCCAUACUUACAACCCUCAAACUGGCCAUACUUACAGCCCACAAACUGGCCAAAUGUAUGACCAUCACGCUAGCCAAACGCACAACCCUAAAGCUAGUCAAGUGCUCAGCUCUCAGGCCAGCCAGAUGUACAAUGCUAAUGGUACCCAAACUGGCAGUCAUUUUGGCAUUCAAAUUUGCGACCCUUAUGGUACCUAAACCUGCAUUCCUUAUGGGACCCAAACUAGCACCAUUCAAGCUACCCAAACUAAUAGCCUUCAAGGUACCCAAACUAACAACCCUAGGGGUACCUAAACAAGGAAACCAUUAACUAGCUCAACAGGUGUUAAUCCAGGUUGGUCACAAUCUAGGUCUUUGUCACCUGGUGUCACCCCUCGCCCACCAUCUAGUAACUUUAACUUCAACACGUCUUCUGCAACACUCAAUGUACUGUCUAGUGUGAGUUCUCGCAGACAGAAAAACUAUGAUUCUGUUGAUCAAAUCACUGUAACUUUCCCUCCAGCCAGAACCUACAAACCAAAGAUUUAGCGACAUAAAAACAUGUGCAAAUUCUCACACUUUCCAUGUCAGCCCUCAUACAAUCCUUAUGCCUUGUGUGCACCCUACAACACUUCAGGGUCUAUUGAAGAUGUUGAUUUGCUUCACAACCCUUACUUCAUGACCCCAUUUGUCAACCAACCAAGGCCAGCUAAAAACAAAAAUCAAAACAAGGAUGAGUUAAAUUUUUCUGAAAACAGCUCCACUCUGGGAGUUAAAAGAGGUCAGAAAAAGAAAGCAAAAAAAUUUUACCUACACACCAACACAACUUUAAUUAGCACAAAUCUUUCUGAGUACUCACAAAGUGAAGAAACUGAAUGAUCUAAGGAGCUAUAAAUAUUUAGUGUGAAGAUAGAAUAUUGUAUACAUAAGAAACCAUGUAAACCUCCCAUUGUUAGAUAUUAUAUAUACUAAUAUUUAUAUUAUAUUUCAUCAAAAGUGUACAUAGUGCUCAUAAUUGAUGAAAUGUUUACACAAAUUUACUGAUUUCAUACAGCUUCAUGUUUUAUUUUAAUAUGAAUAAAUU